AUGAGCAACAACAACCGCAUACGCAAAAUUGGAAUGUCCGUGUUUUUGCCUGCCUGCCUAGAGCCCGGCGUCCCAGACCCUGAGCCGGCGGAGCCCGGGAUCCCAUACCCAGAGCCCGGCGUCCCAUACCCAGAGCCCGGCGUCCCAGACCCUGAGCCGGCGGAGCCCGGGAUCCCAUACCCAGAGCCCGGCGUCCCAUACCCAGAGCCCGGCGUCCCAGACCCUGAGCUGGGGUCGCCUGGCUUCCUAGACACACUGACCCAGCCCGAUGGCUAUAGUGACACUGGACAGUUUAAAUACUUGUAUUUCCUUAUAAUUACAGUUUUAUACAUCUCUAUAUGGUUGUCCAACACAUUGCUUAUUGUGGUUAUAUGUAAAGAGAGAAGCCUUCACAAACCCAUGUAUCUGUUUCUGUGUAGUUUGUUUGUAAAUGACUUGUAUGGGAGCACUGCUUUGUUUCCUGCUUUUUUGUCUAAUUUGCUUUUGGAUGCUCAUUCAAUUUCCACUGUGUAUUGUUACCUACAGAUCCUUUGCAUAUAUACAUAUGCAUGUAUUGAAUUAUGUAAUUUAGCGGUUAUGUCCUACGACAGGUAUCUUGCUAUAUGUUAUCCAUUACAGUAUAAUGUCCUUAUGACACCCAAAAAGGCAUACAUUUUAAUUUGUUUAAUAUGGAUGGUCACUUUUGUAAAUGUCAUCAUAAAUCUGUCUUUAACUAUUCGCUUGCAGUUGUGUGGAAAUGUUAUAGUCAAAGUGUACUGUGACAACUACCUUGUAGUGAAACUCGCCUGUUCAACUGCAGAUACGGCAGUUAAUAACAUCCAUGGACUGUACUGUGCUGUUUUGCUGCUUGCUGCCCCGUUAUUAACUAUUGUUUUCUCUUACAUUAAGAUUCUGACAAUUUGUUUGAAGUCCUCAAUUGAAAUGAGACAGAAAGCUGUGAGCACCUGUAGUCCUCAUCUAGCGUCACUGUUUAACUUCUCUGUAGGCUGUUUUUUAACUGUAAUCCAGAGUAGAAUUGAUAGACCUGUGACACAUGUUCCAGCUGUACUUCAGACCAUUUUAUCAGUGUAUUUCCUGAUGUGCCAGCCACUUUUUAAUCCCAUUGUGUAUGGAGUUAGGAUGUCUAAAAUCAGACAGGCUUUUAAAAAGUAUACUACCCAUAGGUAUGCAACCUAA